UUCUAAAUUUUCCUGGUUUUUCUUGUUUUCUAAACGCCCUUUUCUGCAUUCCUGCUGAGGGCUGUGUCUGAGCUGGCUGGGAGCCUGGUGGGUGGGCCGGGCUGGACAAGGGUGUCACUUUGGGGGGGCAAACAAGGCUGGUACCUGGGCCCAGAGCUUCAUCCUGGGUGGGGGGGACACAAGCUGGUGGCCCCAGGGUGAGCAGUGGCCAUGGGGGGUAAGGGUGGGGUAACACCCUGAUAACCCGCUGGGCAAGAAUUGGGGGGUUCCCAGGGGGAGGUGUCCUGGGCAGGGUGGGGGGAGCUGGUGGAACUGUGGGGGGGCCCAGCGGAGCCGUGGGGGGGCAGGCAUUCCGGUCACAGGCCAGGAGGGCUCUGCCCUCGCCGCUCCCCAGGUUAAUGAUUACUGAGGCGAUAACAGCAGCGCGGGGCAGGCAGAGUCCUGUCCCCCCCAUCCCGCCCAGAGCCGCGGCCCCAGCCCAGCCUGCGCCUCGCCGGGUGCGCCAUGGUGGAGGUGACGGUGACACCGCAGUCCUCGCUGGCCGACCGGCCGGUGCAGGUGCACGUUCGGGGACUGUCCCCGUCCCAGCUCGUCACCCUGCGGGCAUGGCUGGCGGACGAGCAGGGCGACGUCUUCCAAUCUCGGGCUUUCUUCCACGCCGACGAGGCGGGCGAGGUGGACCCCGGCCGCCAUCCCGCCCUGGGGGGCAGCUACACCGGCGUCUGGCCCAUGGGGCUGCUCUGGUUCCUGCAGCCCGACACCCUUUUCCGACGGCUGGUCAAGCGCGACGUAGUCGGCAGCCCCUUCCUGCUGCACCUUGAGGUCUUCGACGGCCUCUGCUUGGUCACUGGUCCCCAGGACCGGCCGCUGGCGUCCUGCGAGGCCAAGCGGUGGUACGUGGGUCCCGGCGUGCAGCGGGUGCCCAUCGGGGAGGGACGUGUCCGCGGGGCCCUCUUCUUGCCACCUGGACCAGGACCCUUCCCGGGGGUGAUUGACUUGUUUGGGGGUGCGGGUGGCCUCAUCGAGUUCCGCGCGGGGCUGUUGGCCACCCGGGGUUUCGCCGUGCUGGCCCUGGCUUUCUUCGCCUACAAGGACCUGCCCCACACGCUGGCCCAGCUCGACAUGGAGUAUUUCGAGGAGGCGGCUGAGCUGCUUCUGCGGCAGCCCAAGGUGCGAGGCCCCGGCCUGGGCGUCAUCGGGGUUUCCAAAGGCGCAGAGGUGGCCCUGGCCAUGGCCGCCUUCCUCCCGCAAGUGGUGGCCACGGUGUGGAUCAACGGCACAGCCUUCCUCCACGGCAACUCCCUGCUCUACAGGGACCUCCACAUCCCCUCCAUCCCCUACUUCAUCGAACGCGUUGUCUUCACCGAGAUGGGGGCUAUGGACAACUCAGCCAUUUUUGGGGACCCCCAGGACCCCAUGUACAGCUCCUCGGCCAUCCCCACUGAGAAGAUCCGCGGGAAGGUCCUUUUCGUGGUGGGGGAGGCCGACCGCAGCUUCAACAGCAAGCUCUUUGCCCAGCUGGCCAUGGCGCGGAUGUCACCCGCGAGCUGCCGCCUCCUCUCCUACCCCGGGGCCGGGCACCUGAUUGAGCCCCCCGGCUCCCCGCUCUGUAGCAUCUCCAGCAUUCGGGGCACCCCCAAACCAGUGGUUUGGGGGGGUGAAGCCCAAGCCCACGCCAAAGCUCAGGAGCAUUCGUGGCAGGAGAUCAUCCAGUUCCUGGAGCUCCAGCUGGGUCCCACCAGCACCGUGAAGCUGUGAUGGCUGCGGGGGGGAAAGGGGCCAGGGUCACCCCAUUUGUCACCCUGCUCAAUAAAAUGCACCCUGCUCACGG